GCAGUUGCAGUGGUGCUGGUUGGGGCCCUGUGUUGCUCGAUUUUUGUCGCCAAAUCAUCUGUGUUAAUCAAAUUACCUGCACUGUCUAUGGUCCAAAGACAAGAAUUGUUGUGAAUUUGUGUUUCCAUUCCCAAUCCAUACCGGUGACACAUAGAUGUCAGAACUAAUGUUGUACCAAAUUGCUAAGUAACUGUAAUUGGAAUUCUCAGGAGUGAAGAAUCCCAGUUUGAAGAGUUUAUUUGUAGAGAAAAGGUAAGAAGAGGAAUAUGGCCAAUCACCUUGUCUAAGGGUGUCAGAGGAAGCAACAAGAGAGGAUGGGAAGAAAAUGAGAGAAAAUUCCCAUCAUUGUACUUUCCAUACCAGCCAUUAUGACCAAUAAGUCCAAGUCUGACACAUUGAAGCUGUGUAUGUCAUGACUCCAACAUAGCUGCUACUAUACAUAUGAACAUAAGAUAUUCUUGUAAUGAUGGAAUUUAUUUAUGGUUUACUCAUCUGUCUACUGUAUAAGUAAUACAAGCAGCUGGAAUAUGUAACAUCCCCCAAGAGGACUCCCAAUCACCUCACUACAAAUAACACCCCUAAGAAUUCCAAUUACAGUUACUUAGCAAUAUGAUACAAUAUUAGUGCUUAUAGCUAUGGGUCACCGGUGUGGAUUGACAACAGAAACACUAAAAUUCUCAACACUUGUGUUCUGGGUAUAGACAGUGCAGGUAAUUUGAUUGACACAGAUGAUUUGGGAAAGAGAAUUGAGCUAUACGGGCUCUAACCAGCACCAACCCAACUGCUACUCUACUGGACACUGGCAAUUUCAUUGUGGGGAAGGUGAACAACAAUGAAUCAGUGGUGGCAAAGCUUUGACUACCUUACUGGCGAUCUUCUUCCAGGGAUGAAAUUAAGGGUCAAUCAUAGGAUCCACAGGAACAGGUUGCUUACCUCGUGGCACAAUGGAGAAAUGGUAGUUCUUGGGGCUUUCACCAUGGAAUGGGAUGCCAGGAUAUGCGGGCUAAUUGUUAACAUUCAGGUUUUUGGUGAACAAAGUGGUUUUGAUUUGAGAUUGCGGUUGCACUUGUUGAAUGCUUGCUCCAAGAUAUAUUUCAGCCAAGUUGCAAAGCGAUUGGAGAAAUUCAAAACUACGAUCUUCACACAAAUGAGUAUGCUUGCUAUCAAACAUGGAGCAAUAAACCUAGGACAGGGAUUCCCCAACUUUGAUGGUCCCGAAUUUGUCAAAGAAGCAGCCAUUGAAGGCAUUAGAAGUGGGAAAAACCAAUAUGCCCGAGGAUAUGGCGUCCCUGACCUCAACUCUGCUGUAGCUGCCAGGUUCCAUAAAGAUACUGGACUUACAGUGGACCCUGAAAAGGAAGUUACUGUCACAUCCGGAUGCACUGAAGCAAUUGCGGCGACCAUGUUGGGUUUGAUAAAUCCUGGUGAUGAGGUGAUCCUAUUUGCUCCAUUCUAUGAUUCUUAUGAAGCCACUCUAUCAAUGGCUGGUGCCAAAAUCAAAUGCAUCACCCUGCGGCCUCCUGAUUUUUCGGUUCCCCUUGAUGAACUAAAGGCUACGGUCUCGAAGAAUACUCGGGCAAUUCUCAUAAACACCCCACAUAAUCCCACGGGGAAAAUGUUCAGCAGGGAAGAGCUCAAUGCAAUUGCGUCUUUGUGCGUGGAGAAUGACGUAUUGGUUUUCACCGACGAAGUUUAUGACAAGUUGUCCUUUGAGAUGGAUCACAUUUCCAUGGCUUCCCUUCCUGGAAUGUACGAGCGAACUGUUACUCUGAAUUCACUGGGAAAGACGUUCUCCUUGACGGGCUGGAAGAUUGGGUGGGCAAUAGCACCCCCGCAUUUGACUUGGGGGAUUCGACAAGCACAUUCAUUCCUCACCUUUGCGACCUGCACCCCUAUGCAGUAUGCGGCUGCAGCAGCCCUGAGAGCCCCUGAAUCCUACUAUGAGGAGCUGAAGAGGGAUUACCUGGCGAAGAAGGCAAUUUUGGAGGAGGGACUGAAGUCCGUUGGUUUUAAGGUAUACCCGUCCAGUGGAACCUACUUCAUUGUGGUAGAUCACACGCCCUUCGGGCUGGAAAACGACAUUGCAUUUUGCGAGUAUCUAAUCAAGGAAGUAGGGGUGGUCGCAAUCCCGACAAGCGUGUUUUACUUAAACCCAGAGGAAGGAAAGAAUCUGGUCCGGUUUACCUUCUGCAAAGAUGAAGGGACUCUAAGGAGUGCAGUUGAAAGGAUGAAGGAGAAGCUGCUAAGGAAGAAGUGAGUAGUCGACCAAAUAGAUUCAUAUUGUGACCACCCUGAGAGGUAACUGUUAUUUUCUCCGGUUUUAACUGAGCUGCACUGCACUGCACUGAGAUUCAUGCCUCCGGUGAACUGGUGGUAAUUAAACUGCUGAAUGCAUUAUUCCUUCUGAUUCAUAUCUUAGGUAUGGCCAUGGAUUAAAAAAAAAAAAAAAAAAAAAGAUAGAAUAAGUAAAAUUCAUGUAACCUAAGGUGCAGAGUAUUAAAAUUAAAUGCGAUGUUGACAUGCACGUGUUUACGUAAUCUUAUUGAAGUUACGUUGUUUUUUAUUAUUUUUUAA